CUGGGUCCCUCUUCGCGUCCCCCUGGCCUCCCCUGGUCCCCGAGUUCCGAGUGUCCCCCGCCCCCAUGGAGCAACUGCUGCGCUCUGAGCUGCGCACCGCGACCCUGCGCGCCUUGGGGCGCUCUGGCGGGGGCUGCAUCAGCGAGGGGCACUCCUACGACACUGACGCUGGGCCUGUGUUUGUCAAGGUCAACCGCAGGGCUCAGGCCCGGCAGAUGUUUGAGGGGGAGGAGGCAAGCCUGGAGGCCCUCCGGAGCACGGGCACGGUGCGGGCCCCUCGGCCCAUCAAGGUUAUCGACCUGCCCGGGGGUGGGGCAGCCUUCGUGAUGGAGCACCUGAAGAUGAGGAGCUUGAACAGUCAGGCUUGGAGACUUGGAGAACAGGUGGCAGAUUUGCACCUUUACAACCAGAAGCUCCGGGACAAGUUGAGGGAGGAGGCGAACACAGUGGGCCGGAGGGCCGAGGAUGCUGAGCCCCAGCAUGUGACCAAGUUUGGCUUCCACACGGUGACGUGCUGUGGCUUCAUCCCGCAGGUGAAUGAGUGGCAGGACGACUGGUCGACCUUCUUCACCCGGCACCGGCUCCAAGCACAGCUGGAUCUCAUUGAGAAGGACUAUGCUGAUCGAGAGGCACGAGAUCUCUGGUCGCAGCUACAGGUGAAGAUCCCGGAUCUGUUUAGGGGCCUAGAUAUUGUCCCUGCACUUCUCCACGGGGAUCUCUGGUCGGGAAACGUGGCCGAGGACAACUCGGGACCCCUUGUUUACGACCCAGCGUCCUUCUAUGGCCACUCUGAGUUUGAACUGGCAAUUGCCUCGAUGUUCGGUGGCUUCCCCAGGUCCUUCUUCACCGCCUACCACCAGAAGAUCCCCAAGGCUCCAGGCUUCGACCAGCGGCAGCUGCUCUACCAGCUCUUUAACUACCUGAACCACUGGAACCACUUUGGGAGGGAGUACAGGGGCCCGACCCUGGGCACCCUGAGGAAGCUUCUCAAGUAGCAGCCCACCCGUGUCCCGGCCCGCCUGCCCGCCCGCUUAGCAAACACCAGGGGCAGCAACAGCAGAGGCGGCUGC